CUCCCUGAACCCAGUUUCUCAAUUUUCAAGAGCGACCCGAUUUUGCCCCCAAUUCCUCCUCCCCAUCCUCUCCCUUUCUCCUCUUCUUCAUCCAUCCCCGAUCAAAAUCAAACCGCCAUGUCCUGGUUAGCGCGCUCCAUUGCCAAUUCCCUCCUCCUCGACGACGAUGAACAUCAAGUCGGAGAACAUAGUCACCGCGUCUCGGAUCGGGCUUCAACCUCUGAACCCCCAGAACAGCACGCGGAGGGUUAUGCCGCCUACGAGGAUGUAGAUUUGGACGAUCGGCGGGAGAAUGAAGGCGACGAUUGUUCUCUAGAUCACAUCCAUCAUCCUGGCCGCGGCGUCAAGGAUGACUUGUCGGAAUUAGGAGAAGCCCUAAGUCGCCAGCUGUGGGGUGUCGCUUCAUUUCUAGCUCCUCCGCCUCCUAGGACGAGUCUCCUGAUCCCGAAUCCGGAUCAAUCGGGGUCCGAUCGAGUUCAUAGUGAGCCGUAUGAUCGUGCGGAAUUGAGUGGGGAAUCUGAGGAAGGGGAGGAUGGGGAAAUCGUGGAGUGUGAGAACUUCACGGAGUAUGAGGAGGAGGAGGAUGUGAUUGGAAAUGCUGUCGGGGUUACAGAGGAGGCCUUGGCUUUUGCCCAGAAUAUAGCUCAUCAUCCUGAAACUUGGCUUGAUUUUCCCUUAUCGGAAGAUGAGGAAUUUGAUGAUUUUGAGAUAUGUGAUACCCAGCUCAAGCAUGCAUUCGCAAUUGAAUGCUUAGCACCUCGGCUAGCUGCUCUAAGGGUUGAGCUUUGCCCUGCUCAUAUGAGCAAGGGUUACUUCUGGAUGGUGUACUUCGUUCUUCUUCACUCGAGACUUAAUAAACAUGAUGCGGAGCUUUUGUCUUCACCGCAGCUUGUGCAAGCUAGAGCAAUGUGGAUAAAAGAGCUGCAAAAGAAAACGAAGCCAGAGUCGGAUUGGUUUGGGUUUAAAAAAAGUCAUUCAAAAGAAAGUACUGACUUUCUGCGUGAAGAGUCUGACUCUUUGUCAUCUUUCUCUGAGACGCAUACUAAUAUUGAAACUGAGAAGCAUCCACUUGAAACUACUACGGAAAUCCAGUUCAUAGACAAAGCUGUUAUUGCAGAGGACUUGGAGAGCAAGGAAGUAGAGAAGGUGGUGGUGACUACUUCAUCUUAUAAGGUACCGGUUUUGGAUUAUGAUGAUGAUGAUGAUGGGGAGGAAGAUGACUGGCUAAAGGACACCCCAGAAUUAGAAGGGUACUCUUGUCCGGUACUUGUUGGAGAUGAAGUCUCAUUUAGUGAUCUUGAGGAUGAUAUUGAUGAUUGUACAGUGCCCAGUAAACCAAAGGGGAUUCCAAGAGUGACUGAAAAAUUGGAUUCCACAACUUCCAAAUGAGUUUCUGUUUCUCCCCCAAAAUUUGGCUCCUACAAACCAAAAUGUUGGUGUAUUGUGCUGAAGGCAACAAAGCAAAAAGGAUAGUCGAGGAACUCAGUCAUUGAAUGGAAAGCUCGGUAGUUGUCGGUGGAGUUCACACCUCAUGUACCCAAAAUAUGGUGUUAGCAUCUGUAUUUGUUUGUACAUAUAAGCGAAGGCAUGCGCUUAUAAAUUGAUUUAUUUGGGUCUGAAGGCAAGUGUUUCUCCACUGAUGAAUUGCUUUAAUACGUUCGUAGGUAGAACAAAAUAUGGGUCAUAAG